GGCUGUCCCUGGAGUGCACGUCCAAGCCCCCCAUUGGCAUCUGGGAUGCAGGGGACCCCCCUCGCCGGCUCUCCUUGCGGCAGCGAGAAGCCGACUCUUUCCGUAAAGAGCAGUACUCCAUCCCCGUCCACAAAUACUACUUCCCCUUCAUCUUCCUCCUGGGGAUGUUCCUGUGGUCCCUGCUAGAGUACCUCAUCCAUCGUUUUGUCUUCCACAUGAAGCCACCCGCUAGUAACUACUAUCUCAUCACCCUGCAUUUCUUGCUGCACGGGCAGCAUCACAAGUCUCCCUUUGACAGCUCCCGCCUGGUCUUCCCUCCCGUGCCGGCCUCGCUGGUGAUCGGCUUCUUCUACGGCAUCCUGCGGCUCCUGCUGCCCGAGGUGCUGGGGCUCUCGGUGUUUGUCGGGGGACUCUGCGGCUACGUCAUCUACGACAUGAUGCAUUAUUACCUCCACUACGGCUCACCGAAAAAAGGCACCUACCUGUACGGGCUGAAGGCUUAUCACGUCAAGCACCACUUUGAACACCAAAAAUCAGGAGAACACGCCCCGUCCAGAUAA